AUGGACAAACCAUCGUCACCACCAAAGGCGGCAGCUCCGGAAGAUGUUUGGUUACGUCAGGACACGGGUCGAAGUAACAAGUCUCGAGUCGUUUGGAUCGCGCUGAUGAAGGUCCUGUCGGGCUUUGUGCUUGGAGUGCUCUUCUAUGGUGCCUUGAGACAUUUCAAUCCCUCUUUUGGGGGGAAAUUGCGGUAUAUAGGGUCGGUUGAUGGCGAGGUGGCGGCGGGAGACGGGGGAAAUGCAUUCAAAAUCAGAAAAGGGAGCAAGUACUUGCUUGGGGUUGGAAAGGCCGACAUCACUGGCCCGGUCGUGGAAAUAAACAUGAUGGGAUACGCAGACACCAAGCAGGUUGGGUCUGGCCUCCGUCAGCGCUUGUUUUCCCGAGCCUUUAUUAUUGGCGAUCAUGAGCGUCCAGACGACCGAUUUGUAUAUCUCGUUCUGGACACUCAGUCUGGAGACACAGCCGUGCGCUAUGGGAUUCUGGAAGGACUAGCCAACCUUGGAAGUGAUUAUUCUGUUUAUGGACAACACAAUGUAGCCGUCACUGGAACGCAUUCUCAUUCUGGGCCAGGAGCUUGGUUGAACUACUUGUUGCCGCAGAUCACUAGCAAAGGCUUUGACAAACAAAGCUAUAAGGCUAUUGUGGAUGGCGCCUUGUUGUCAAUCACUAGGGCACAUAGCAACUUGCAGCCCGGAUAUCUGAGCGUCGGCUCCACGAAGGUCUUUGGUGCAAAUAUCAAUCGGAGUCUUUAUGCGUAUCUCGCCAAUCCAGAAGACGAAAGAGCUGGCUACAACACGACCAACGAAGACGAUGGAAGCGUCGAGAAAACUUUGACCUUACUCAAAUUCCAAAGAGCUUUGGAUGGAAAGAACAUCGGCGUGUUGACUUGGUUCCCUACACACGGAACGUCGAUGUUGGGCAACAAUACUCUCAUAUCUGGCGACAACAAGGGUGUAGCAGCAGAUCUUUUUGAGAAGAGCUUGAACGGGGACGAGACUGCUGCAAAAGGCUUCGUAGCUGGGUUUUCCCAAGCGAGCGUGGGUGACACGAGUCCAAAUGUACUUGGUGCGUGGUGUGAAGAUGGGACGGGACGCCAGUGCAGCUUCAAAAAUAGCACAUGCAGCAAUGGUAAAAGUCAGAACUGUCAUGCCCGCGGCCCCUAUUUCAGGAGAAACGACAACGGAGCUUCUUCGUGUUUUGAGAUAGGAAAGCGCCAAUUCGAGCCCGCUAAAGCGUUGUAUCAGGACAUGGAUAACUUAGGAACUCCUAUUACCGGGUCCUCUGUGAAAUCGUUCCAUAUCUUCCACGACAUGUCCAACUUCAGCUUUCCACUAUCAAAUGGAAGCUAUGUAACCACUUGUCCUGCAGCUUUGGGCUAUUCUUUCGCAGCUGGGACCUCAGAUGGGCCCGGAGCUUUUGAUUUUACACAGAAUGAUCCAAAUACCCCAAAUGCCUCGCCGGUGUGGCGAGUGGUGUCAGGCUUCGUCCAUGAACCAAGCAAGGCACAACGGGCUUGUCACUACCCGAAGCCAAUACUGCUGGAUGUCGGCGAGGUCACAUCUCCGUACCUCUGGACGCCGAACGUGGUCGACGUACAGGUCCUUCGCGUAGGUCAGCUGUUCGUCGUCGUCAGUCCCGGAGAAGCGACAACGAUGUCCGGGCGCCGUUGGAAAAAGGCAGUAGCUGAAGAGGCAUCAUCGCUGGCUCUUUCGGAUUCUGCCGCUGUGGAUCCAGUUGUUGUACUGGGUGGUCCUGCAAAUAGCUACACCCAUUACAUUGCUACGCCCGAAGAAUACUCGGUACAAAGAUAUGAGGGCGCUUCGACUUUGUACGGAGCUUAUACAUUAAAUGCAUAUAUAUAUCUCACACUCACGAAUCUACCAUAUCUCUCUCCUUCCUCAAAUACACGCCCUAAGCCAGGACCAUUCCCACCAAAUAACGUCAACAAUUCCCUCUCGUUUAUAACCGGCGUCGUCUUUGACAACCCCCCUAUCUUCAAGAAGUUUGGCGAUGUGAAGACCGACGUUCAACAUUCCUAUCGCGCCGGAGCUACAAUUUCAGCGGUAUUUGUAGGCGCAAACCCAAGAAAUAAUCUGAGGCUAGAACAAACGUACGCGGCUAUUGAAAAGCUCGAUUCGUCAAGCGGGCGAUGGGUGAUAAUACGAGACGACAGUGACUGGAGUCUCAUCUUCAAAUGGAAACGGACCAGUGAAGUCUUGGGAACAAGCGAGGUGGAGAUAGUUUGGGAAUCAGAAGAAGGCACUGGGAACGGGCAGUAUCGAAUUCAUUAUUGGGGGGAUUCAAAGUCAGUUGGCAGCGGAGCUAUUUCUAGUUUUGAAGGACUGAGUGGCACGUUUGUUUUAACAUGA